AUGGAUUGCAAAAAAUGUCUUCUUCCUGUCACAAAAGAUCAGCCAUCCAUAUUCUGCAAUGCAUUCGCGCUGGAGCCGAAAUGUGCAUUACAUCGUGACGUCGAAGAACUGAAGGCAAAAGUUGAAACAAUUAUGUCUCUACUUGCUCCGAAUGUUAAAUGUUCUGCGAAUAGUGCCAUACAGCAUUCAACACCUAAAACAUCACCGAAAUUUUCUAAUACAGCACCAUAUGUAUCAAGCGCCCGCAUAGAGUCAUUCGUUCCUGAUGCUUCGAGUCGAUCAUUCACUUCUACGAACAUGGAAGAGAGUUUCGCAAUGGUACUUACGAAUAUUGAUGGCAGUGUUUCGGAAAAAGACGUACAGGUGAUGGUUACAAGAUGUUUGGGUGCUUGUGACAAAGAACGUGUCAAUGUAAGAAAACUGGUUCCGAGAUGGGUGGACAGUAACACGCUGGACUAUAUCUCUUUCAAAAUUGUUCUGGACACAAAAUGGAAAUCUGCUGCUCUAACGUCAACUACAUGGCCAACAAAUGUUAAAUUUCGAGAGUUCCGACAAAACCUGUGCACAUGGAAACCUGAUAUUAUAUGCUAG